AUGGGCAAAUUCUGUGCAGUGGUGGCCAUUGUUUUGGUAUUGGGGAUGAUGGGGCAUUCUCUUGCGCAGGCUCCGGCAGGUUCUCCGGCAAAGUCACCAGUGGCAACGCCCACAACGUCGCCGGUUCAAUCCCCAGCAAAAACACCCACGCCGUCGGCAUCUCCAGCGCCUUCAUCCUCGCCUCUGGCCUCCUCCCCUGCCCCUGCUUCGUCCCCUGCACUUGCACCUUCUUCAGAAGCUUCUUCUGCCCCUUCUUCCCCAGCCGGAGCUCCCACAACCGUUUCUUCCCCUGCCCCCUCUGUUCAAUCCCCAGGCCCAUCUUCAGAUGGCACAACUCCUUCUGCCGCCUCUUCUGCUACCGCCGUACAAAAAAUGGCCAUUUUUGGAGCUGCUUUGUUCGGAGGCGCCGCUUUCCUUGUGUAA